GCACAGGAUGCGAUCGCACGAUCCUGCCCGUGAGCAAUCUCCCAACUCAUCUCUGUCUGAACGCACCCAACGAAAGAAUGUAAAAUUUAACCUCCUAUCAGUUGAUUACCGUUAACAAACCCAAGUGACAAGAGAACCUGGUUUUGAGGAAAUUAGAAGGAAGUAAUUGCAUUGGGAGUAAAGGAAAAGGAAAACAAUGGUUAAAAUAGUAGUUCAAAUUAAGGCAACUUUGGAGAAUAUAGAAGAACUCAGACCCUCUGGCCCAGACUUCCAGUGGUAUUUUAAAUUCAGUUGUUCCAACUGCGGAGAGGUGUCGGAGAAGUGGAACUACGUGUCUCUGACGGUAUCAGUUCCUGCACAGCGGGGAACUGCCGUUAACCAUUUUGUGAGCAAAUGUAAACUAUGUGCGCGGGAGAAUUCCAUGAGUAUUAUCGAGGAUUCUAUCAAGAGUUACUUGAAUGACGAUCAAGAGAAAUUUAAAACAAUUGUAACGCUCGACUGCCGAGGGAUAGAGCCCUGUGACUUUUCUGCGAGAGAAGGGUGGGUGGCGAAAGCUAUCGACAAUGGAACCGAGUUCACGGAGGUAGAUUUAAGCGAGAAUCAGUGGGCCGAUUACUGUGAUAAAAUUAAACAACCCGUCGGAAUUUAUCAAAUAGAACAUAAGUUCCAGAGAGUCAAGUAAAGGAUAAUAUGAGAGGAAAUACGUCGACAUCGAAGCAGGCAAAAACCGACAGAGACCCUGAACGACGACAAAGGAAAAAGUACGAUCCGACGCAACUCGAAUCGUAAGACCCUCUACGAAAUCUAAACUAGACGUUCUAGGAAUUCCGUACUUGUCUAAAGUACCUAGUCUACCAUCGGUACUUCUUUUCCUGUUUUAACGUCAUACAAUUAAGCGCAGCAUCUACGUCUACUCUUUACGACUAUCUUUGGUAUACGGUAGGGAAAGUGCUCAUUCUAUCUAUCUAGGGAGGGAAGAGACUACGUUUCCUAUCCACUCAACUGUAUCUCCAAGGUACCGAUUAGAAUAGGAACAUCGUGAUUAAGAAGUGCUGGAUCACCAGAGGGGAGCCCUUCCCUAAUCAGGAAGUCUCUCGAAGAGUUUUUGCGCUGCUAAAAACAAGAGCUUUCCUCUCGUCCGAUGUCAGCAACCGGUGGAUCCUUGUUCCAAGACUGUGCGUUUAACGUUUUACGAUAGAACGAGUCGGAUGGUAGGUUUCUCCGGGCCGUAUUCAGUGGGUUCGCGAUAAUAGUACUUAGCCCCCUAAUGGACACUGGAUUACAAUUUCGCGUCCUCUACUCACUACGUAUACGCUAAAUGUCUCUACCUUUAGGGAGAUCCCUACGACCUAAGAUUUCGAUACGGCUUUAAUCUCGCGUGCAGCCACGAGGGAUUUUCCGGACAAAAAUUCAUGGAUUCACCCUCGAAUAGGCGCCCUCGGCAUCCCUCAACGCGCGUUGCAAAUGCGUCGCCAUCGGUCGGGGAGAAACGAAGGAAGAUCUCGAUUUUGCCGAUUUUCAACUACAAUAUGGAAAUUCCGGGUUUCGCUAGAGCCUUUGUCUCUCGCGAAGGAGCUUCGCUCCGAGAUAGAAGAAGGGCUUUCCGGACUUUAGAGAAGCGAGACCACGAGAAGUCAAUUUUGCGAGCCACCGAAGAACCUCGGGAAACUAACGGCGAUGAAAGCGCUAAUUGGACCGACUCGGACCCCUCUCGAAGAUCCGGCCGCGUAAAAAAUAUUAUCCCUUAGAAGUUACCGAACGGACAACGCGCAAAAUCGCCCAGAAAAUAUGCGUCGUCGCAAUUUUGAUCGACCCCCUUUCUUCGUGUACAGCGGCAGAAAAAUAUAUCCGGUCACUCGUUAA